ACGAUUGCUCGGCUCUUUCUAAACAUAUAAAAGUAGAGUAAAGGCAGAGAGGGUGGAGUGCAUGUGUGCACAAAGCAGAUGCACACGGGGAGAGAUUUGCAAGGUUACUUAAGUUUUGCGUGUCUCUCAACUACGGUUGGCGUUUUGAGGGGAGAGUCAGAGGAGGGAGGAGAAAAUCAACCAUCGGUCUCCCCCCCCCCCCGCCUUUCUCUGGCAGCUCAGUCGCGGGGAAGCCUCGAGGAAGGGGGCUGAAGGCAAAGGAGGACGGACCCCCCCCGGCGCCUUCUCCUCUGCCCCCUCCGCUCCUUAGCCCCGAGCGAGAACUCCCGGCUAAGCUUCCUUCUCUCGCCUUUUCUUCCCAGCUGACAACAUGGCUGCGGCCGCUUCUGCUGCCCAAGACGAGCUGAAUCAACUUGAACGUGUAUUCUUGCGUCUUGGCCAUGCAGAAACAGAUGAGCAAUUGCAGAAUAUUAUAUCCAAAUUCCUUCCUCCUGUUCUUCUAAAGCUUUCCAGUACACAGGAAGGAGUACGUAAAAAGGUUAUGGAACUGCUAGUUCACCUGAACAAACGAAUCAAAAGUCGUCCUAAAAUCCAGCUUCCAGUGGAGACUUUAUUAGUUCAAUAUCAAGAUCCUUCUGCGGUCUCCUUUGUUACAAAUUUUACAAUAAUAUAUGUUAAGAUGGGUUACCCUCGUUUGCCUGUGGAAAAGCAGUGUGAACUGGCACCCACUCUCCUUACUGCAAUGGAAGGAAAACCUCAACCCCAACAAGACAGCCUAAUGCACCUUCUAAUACCAACACUUUUUCAUAUGAAAUAUCCUGUUGAACCUCUGAAAGCAGCUUCUCCAUUUAAUCUUGCUGAAAAACCAAAGACUGUACAGCUGCUGUUGGAUUUUAUGUUGGAUGUUCUCCUUAUGCCUUAUGGAUAUGUGUUAAAUGAAUCCCAGAGUCGCCAGAGUGUGCCAGCGGGACAGGGGUCCUCUUCAUCAAGUAAUUCUGGAGGAUCUGGGAUCCCUCAGCCUCCCCCGGGAAUGAGCUUUUAUUCAGCCAAGCGGGUAAUUGGAGACAGUCCAUGGACACCUGAGCAGCUGGAACAGUGUAAAUUGGGCAUUGUAAAGUUCAUUGAAGCUGAGCAGGUGCCCGAUGUUGAAGCUGUCAUACAUUUGGUUAUUGCCUCUAGUGAUACACGGCACAGUGUAGCCACUGCAGCAGAUCUUGAACUUAAAAGCAAGCAAAGUUUAAUUGACUGGAAUAACCCAGCCAUCAUCAACAAGCUAUACAAAGUAUACCUUGGGGAUAUACCACUAAAAACUAAGGAGGGAGCUGUUCUGAAACCAGAACUGAAACGUGAUCCUGUCAGUACUCGCGUGAAGUUAAAGAUUGUUCCUCAUCUUUUGCGUUCCAGGCAAGCUGCAGAAACAUUUCCUGCAAAUAUUCAGGUUGUCUAUGAUGGGCUUUUUGGUGGAAACACCAAUGCUAAGCUGAGAACUCUGUCUCUUCAAUUUGUGCAUCAUAUUUGUGUAAUUUGCCCUGACAGCAAGAUAAAGCCAAUAGGCCCAAUGCUUUUGAAUGGACUGACAAAACUGAUAAAUGAAUAUAAAGAGGAUCCCAAACUGCUUUCAAUGGCCUAUUCUGCUGUUGGAAAACUUUCCAGCCGAAUACCUCAACUGUUUACCAAGGAUCUUGCACUAGUCCAACAAUUCUUUGAAGCUCUUUCUAAGGAAGACCCUGAUACCAGACUAGCUAUUCAGGAGGCUCUGUCCAUGAUGGUUGGUGCAUACACCAGUUUAGAAGGAGCAGCUCGUACUCUCAUGGAGGCACUUGUAGCCUCCAACCUAAUCAAGCCUCAGGUCCAAGUACGCCAAGUAGCUGUAAAGUUUGCCAGCACAGUGUUUCCUUCAGAUCACAUUCCUUCAAGAUACUUGCUGCUUUUAGCUGCAGGAGAUCCGCGGGAAGAGGUACAUGGAGAAGCACAACGUGCUCUGAGAACAUUUCCUGGCAAAAAUGAAAAGGAAAGUGCUGGUAAACAGAUGCCUUCAUUCCCAGAAAUGGUCCAAUAUAUUCAAGAGAAGGCCUCUCACAGAAUGAAAACUCCUGCUAAAUACAUGACUGGAACAACAGUAAUGCCUUUCAACCCAGCUACUUUUGGAGAGAUAGUGCUGUAUCUCCGGAUGUGUCUUGCUCACAGUGCUGGUGUGGUGCCCACUUCUCAAAGCUUAGCUGAUAUGCAAGAUCAUGCUCCAGCCAUUGGCCGUUACAUAAGAAACCUCCUCUCUGGAAAUGUUAUAACAUCCUCAUCUUCAAAGGGUAGUGAAAGCAACCCUGUGCAGAUCUAUAUAAGCCUCCUUCAGCAGUUACUGUCUGGCGUUGGAGGUUUGCCAGUCAUGUACUGCUUGCUGGAAAUUGUUUCAGUCUAUCCUGAAAAACUAGCUGCAAGAUUUAUAGACAAGAUGGAUUGGAUAAAGAGCCUUAUGAAUACUAAUAAGGAAGAAAUGCGGGAACUGGCUGCUCUAUUUUAUUCAGUUGUACUGUCGACAGUGUCAGAAAAUGAAUUCAAAACAUCUGUUCAGCACCUGAUAAAAACAGCAAAGGACAAUCAUAAUCUGGAAAUGCAGCAUGGAUCCUUAUUGGCUCUGGGAUUCACAGUAGGACGGUAUUUGUCAAAAAGAAAAAUGAAAAUAGUAGAACUACAUGGUAUAGAAGACCCAAAUACCAUUGUAGCACCAGAACAAGACCAACUGAUAAAAUCAACAACAGAAACUAUAGGUUCUUUUUUGGAUAGCACAUCACCACUCCUGGCAAUAGCUGCAUGUACAGCACUGGGGGAAAUUGGCAGGAAUGCGCCUUUGCCCAUCCCCAGUGAAGGCAGUGGAUUUACAAAACUCCAUCUUGUUGAAAGUUUACUGGCCAGAAUUCCAUCUGGCAAAGAGACCAAUAAGAUGAAAGAAAGAGCUAUUCAAACUCUAGGUUACUUUACAGUGGGGGAUGGAGACUUUCCUCAUCAGAAGCUACUCUUGCAAGGAUUAAUGGAUUCUGUAGAGGCCAAGCAAAUUGAAUUACAGUUUACAGUUGGUGAAGCUAUUACCAGUGCUGCAGUAGGGACCAGUUCCGUAGCUGCCCGUGAUGCAUGGAUGAUAGCUGAAGAAGAGUAUGCUGCUCCUAUUGAUGUGAAAAUUAAUGAUGUGGUUCCCUGGGUCCUGGACAUCAUUUUGAAUAAACAUAUCAUAAGUCCCAACCCUCACAUAAGACAAGCAUCCUGUAUUUGGCUUUUAUCACUGGUAAAGAAGCUGAGUGCCCACAAAGAAAUUAAGUCACAUCUCAAAGAUAUUCAGACAGCAUUUGUAUCUAUUUUGUCUGAUAGUGAUGAACUCAGUCAAGAUGUUGCUUCCAAAGGCCUUGGCUUGGUGUAUGAGCUUGGGAACGAACAAGAUCAGCAGGAACUAGUUACUACACUUGUUGAAACUCUUAUGACUGGGAAAAGAAUCAGGCAUGAAGUGACUGGGGAAACUGUCAUGUUCCAAGGCUCAGGCCUUGGCAAAACUCCAGAUGGCCAGGGUCUUUCUACUUAUCAGGAGCUUUGUUCACUUGCAAGUGACCUCAACCAGCCAGAUUUGGUGUAUAAAUUCAUGAAUUUGGCCAAUCAUCAUGCAAUGUGGAAUUCUCGGAAGGGAGCAGCAUUUGGCUUUAAUGUGAUUGCUUCCAAAGCUGGGGAACAGCUGGCUCCUUUUCUUCCUCAGUUGCUUCCUCGUCUCUAUCGAUACCAGUUUGACCCCAAUCUUGGGAUUCGACAGGCUAUGACCAGCAUUUGGAAUGCACUUGUUACAGACAAAUCUGCUGUGGACAAAUACAUGAAAGAAAUUCUUGAUGAUUUAAUAAACAACCUGACUAGCAACAUGUGGCGAAUUCGAGAGUCAAGCUGUUUAGCACUGAAUGACUUGCUAAGAGGAAGACCUUUGGAUGACAUUAUUCAUAAACUUCCAGAAAUAUGGGAAACUCUCUUUAGAGUGCAAGAUGACAUAAAGGAAUCUGUACGAAAGGCAGCAGAGUUAGCCCUGAAAACAUUAAGUAAGGUGUGUGUGAAGAUGUGUGACCCUUCUAAAGGAGUUGCAGGCCAGAAGACAAUAGCUGUACUGUUGCCAUGUCUUCUUGAUAAAGGAAUGAUGAAUACGGUGACUGAAGUGCGGACUCUGAGCAUUAAUACUCUGGUGAAGAUCAGUAAAAGUGCUGGGGCCAUGCUGAAACCGCAUGCACCAAAGCUCAUCCCAGCUUUGCUGGAAUCCCUGAGUGUGUUGGAGCCUCAGGUACUCAACUACUUGAGCCUGCGUGCUACAGAGCAAGAAAAGGCUGCAAUGGAUAGUGCAAGACUAAGUGCUGCUAAAUCCUCCCCAAUGAUGGAAACUAUAAAUAUGUGCUUGCAAUAUUUGGAUGUGUCUGUCUUGGGAGAGCUGAUUCCUAGGCUCUGCGAACUGACUAGAAGUGGAAUAGGCAUUGGCACUAAGGGUGGCUGUGCUAAUGUAAUUGUGUCACUAACUACUCAGUGCCCCCAAGAUUUGACACCAUAUGCAGGUAAACUCAUGAGUGCUUUACUUAGUGGCCUAACUGAUCGCAAUAGCGUGGUGCAGAAGACUUUUGCGUUUGCCUUGGGACAUUUAGUUAGGACUUCACGAGACAGCAGCACUGACAAAUUGCUCCAGAAGCUCAACAGUUGGUACAUGGAGAAGGAGGAACCAGUCUAUAAAAUGGCUUGUGCUUUAACUAUGCAUGCUAUUGGACGCUACAGCCCAGAUGUACUGAAGAAUCAAGCCAAGUGUGUUUUGCCUCUGGCAUUUCUGGGCAUGCAUGAAAUUCCUGAAGAAGAAAAAGGGGAGAAGGAGGAAGGCAACCUGUGGUCUGAAGUGUGGCAGGAAAAUAUACCUGGCACCUACGGUGGCAUUAGGCUGUAUAUGGAGGAAUUGAUCGCAGUUACUCAGAAAGCUUUGCAGUCUCCCUCCUGGAAGAUGAAAGCACAAGGAGCAGCUACCAUGGCAUCUAUAGCAAAGCAAACUGGUGCUCUAGUACCUCCACACUUAGGCAUGGUGCUCACGGCUCUGCUGCAAGGUCUGUCUGGAAGAACAUGGACUGGAAAGGAAGAGCUAUUGAAAGCAAUUGCCAGCGUUGUCUGUUCAUGCAGUGCGGAACUGUGCAAGUCUUUGCCCAACCAGCCCAGUGUUGAUGAUGUCCUACAGGCAAUGUUCAAAGAAUGCCGCAAAGAAAACCUACGAUACAAGAUUGUGGCUCUCCGGUGUACGGCUGAUGUGCUGAAGGCUACACAAGAAAACAGGUUCCAGGAACUGACCGACAUAAUUUUUCCAGUAAUAAAGAAGAAUUGUCCUGAGAAAAUAGGAGCAAAUUCAUCACAGAAUGACGGUGAGGAUGAGAAUGAGAAUGAAAAUGAGAAGGAACUCCAGGUUGAAGCCCUCCUCUGUGCCUUUGAAAGUUUAGGCAAAGCGUGGCCUAAAAACUCAGAAACACAGUGCUGCUAUCGACAAGAGCUAUGCAGGUUAAUGUGUGAGCGUCUGAGACUUGGUACGUGGAAGGUACAGCUUGGCGUUCUCCAAGCCAUGAAGGCUUUUUUCCAAGGGUUGUUAUUGUUUGAAGCAGAACACUCUGACCCCGAGGCUUUGACAAGAAUACUGUUGGAAACCUGUUCCUCCAUCACCCAUUCACUAGAGAAUAAAAGUUACACUUCCAUAAGAACUGAAGCUUUAUCGGUAAUAGAAGUGCUGCUCACCAAACUUGAAGAAGCCAAACAGUGGGAAAGCCUGAGCACAGAAAGUAAAGAAGUCCUCAUUGGCUCUUUAACAGCAUUGACUGUGGACAGUAGGCCUGAACUGCAAGAAAAAGCAUCUUUCUUAAAGAAAACCUUAGAAAAUCUUGAUUGAAUUGAAUACCAGUCAAGUGCCACGUGAAACAAAGCAAGCAAAAAAAGUGCAAUGAGCUCUGAAUUACAUAGAGGAAAAGUAAAGAUGAUUUUUGUAGCAUGCAUAAUUCCUUGGCUGAAAUAAAGAACACCUUGAUUCUCUUCCCCAUCAUUUCUUUUCUUUUUUUUUUUUUGUUAAAAGCAACAGUAACAACCUAUCAAGCUGUUUACUUAAAAUGCAAGUCUGGAAAGUAUUAAACAAAAAGUUCCCAAGCUAUACAAGGACUUUUUUGGAAAUUGUCCUUUUGUGAAAGACUACCUUGUUUGGAAGUUAGUCUUGGGGAAUCUUUAGCUUACACAAAAAUGGCCCUUGUAGUAUAAUGAACAAAGAGCAUAGUGGAGCACCAGAGAGCAAACCUUCCUGUGUAUUUCAUACAGGCCAAUUACCGGUAUUAGGUCCUGAUGGCAGUGCUGUAAUUGGUAUUGUUAUGAUAGAGCAAAAAAGUAGGGUUGCCAAAUCUGGGCAGGAAAAAUAUGCGGGAUCACUAGGCAGCAAAGAGUAAGAGUUUUGUGUAUCUUUUUGUUGCAGCUGGUGGGUGCCUGGAGUUUUUAGCCCAGACCCUACCAAAAACUUAAAGGGUCUCAGUUUGUCCCCCUUUUUUGGAAUGCCAUUGGUGUGUGUUGGUUGUUUUGGACCAUAUCCAUCAUUUCAUCUCAUGUAAACGUAAUAGAUAAGAUGAUUUGGAAAAGCCUAUGCCUUCCCACAUUAAAAGAUAUGAAUUCUCCUGGAUAGAAAUGCUCACAAGAAAGCACUUUAAUUGUCCUUACUUAAGGUAGGUUUUUAAAUGAUUUUCAACAUUUUCCAAGGAAGAGUUCAGACUUGCAUUAAGCCUCUCAUAACAAUAACCAAGAUUGUUAAACAAGGUAAGAUCUUGCUGCUAAAAUUUCAUCAGUCCCAGCAUCUCCUGCUUUCUAGAAAGUACUUUUUAUUUGUACUGUAAGCCUCGACACGGCAUACAUCAGAGAGUAAAAAUGUUCUAUCAAAUCUCUUCUUGGAGGAGUCUAAAAAAAUAGCAUUUGCUCUUAAUUUUAAUGAAGUUUUCUUAGUGAAAUUAUUAAUUUGGAUAAUAUCACAAUCACAGUUUUCUGCAAGGUUUGUAGAGCAUAUAUUAAACAGGUAAAAGUAUUAUGUAAGAAUCCAUAUAUUACCUACUGAUAGAUUUUUCAUGCUAAGCAAGCUGUGGUCUUUGAAGAUCUAUGUGUAGGAAGUCUUGGUUUCUACAUAGAAAUAUAUUCUGUGUAGGAAUUUCGCAACACACAAAACUGACCUCUGAAGUAAACUCUAUACUUGGGGUCUACUGUAGUUGGCAGUCAAUUAUUUGUGGGGUGAUGCUAGGCCACCAGUGAGUUUGGAAGACACCCAGGAUCCCUCAGAUGUGUUAGUUUAUUAACCAAUAUCAUUUUGGGAUUUUUUAAAUCAUUAAACCCAUUCUCAAGUUUCAUCUGUAUACAUCCUGAUCAUUGCAUUAACAAUUAUCAUAUAGAUGUAGGAGCUGUUGUAAUCACUGCAACUUCAUAAUUGUCUUGGAUUACAUCCUAGUAUUAGAGGGGGACAUCUAAACUUGGAAUGGAUUUUCCAGGAAAAAUGGGAAGUUCUUGCCUUUUUAAAUUUUUUUGGCUUUGGUGCUCUAUGAUCAUACUGUAGAUGCAAAAGAACAAGAUGUAUGUUUGCAGAUUUGGAGAAGCUUUGCUUCUCAGACACAAAGGCCUCUCAGUCCCCAUACAGGCUUGCUUCCUUUGGAGCUGAGAUAGGAGAUGCUGCUGCGCCCAUCUUUCUGCUUUGCUGGUGCAAGCUUGACAGGGCUUUGAUUGAGGCGGUACCUUCACUCCUCACAAAGCCAGCAGGUUUCAAGACAGGGAAUCAGAUGGUUGUUGCAUGCUGCUGCCCAGACAUUCAGAGGCAUAACUCCUAUUCAUGUUGAUGUUACCUCAAGAGGGAUGGUGGGAUCCCAUUCUUGAUGUCCCAUCAUUUUUUCAGGGCUGCUGGAAUACGUUAUAAAUCUGAAUUCAACGAAGUUGUUUAUGUUACCAGAUUGCCUUUAAAAAAGAUUACCUUCUCUAAUACCUGUGGUUAAGAAAUGGUAAGGUGCCAUAAACUGGCUUAAAAGAUUUUGACACAUCACAGAAGGCAGCUUGUUUCUGUUGACUUUGCCAGGCACAACCAUUAACACUGAACAUAAGCAUAAGAUCUUUGCGAUUCUGUUUUGUCUAGCAGGUUUUUUUCUUUUUGGUACUAAGCAGGAAUGUCAAAUGUUGCCUUUUUUCCUUGAGUGUUUUAUAGAAGCCAUGACAGUUUUAAAUGUCCUAAGUCUCUAGACUUUUCAGCAACAACUUUAAUAUUUUGAGGAGUCUAAAGUCUGAGUUUGAAGCAGCUGCUGUGCCAGAUGUUUCCAAGUGGAAAUGUUGUAUUACUUAUACUGAAGAUGGGGUGGGGGGGCGGGAAAUUAGCCAGAAGUAUAAAUUUAAAUAAUUUGAGAAUUCUUUUUUCUUCCCCUUCCAAAUUUACUAACAAAAACAUGCCUCUGUGAGAAACCAACUUACACCAUUCUAGAGGUUAGAUAUUGUCCCUUGUUUAAAUUUGUGAACUUGACAGGAAAAAAAGUGGCCUUUGGAGAGUUUCCUCUGAAAACAAUUGCACUGUAAAACACUGUUGCCCAGAUAUGGGCAUUUGUGCUGCUGUAUAAUGCUGCUUUGUAUACCUGGAUUAAAGUGUGUAAAUUUGACACUAUAAUACCCCUGCUGACUUUACAAAACUGUUUUAUGUUGAAAGAUUUCUAAUGUUGCAAGAUCUCCAUUAAAUUUAGUGCAAUGAA